AUGCAGGAUGUUAUGGGACCCCCGAAUGAGGAGGAAUGCGGCGAUCUGUGCUACGCAUGUCUCGUCAGGGCAGAUGCUUCUCUUAUCAGCCAUGAAACCGAUGAGAAGACCGGCCACAUUAAGAUGAUGAAAGCUCUCGAUGAGCGUAGUCUCAUUCAAGCGCCACUCUCGCCAUACGAAUUGACCAGCAGUUAG